AUGCGUUACUCACUUCUCGCCCUCGGUGCGGGCAAGCUGGCCAUGGCCAUGAUCACCAACACGACCGAUGGUCAAGAAACUGCUGGCAAGGCUGUUUCCAACACCAUGCCUCCUGUUGUUGGAGACUACGAGCUCUUCGGAUGCUCUGCCGCCAAUGAUGACUUUAAGAGCUUUGUUCGGGUUGCAUCUACUGAUCACAUGGACCUCGACUUCUGCAGUGCCAGUUGCCAGUCCAAGUUCAUGGCUGUCAGUGGCAAGGCCGAUGCGGCUCAGAAACUCGACGCCGGCAUGUGCAACAGCCCUUGCCCAGGCAAUCAGGCUCAGUCUUGUGGUGGCAACGGUGUUGGCAACACGCGUCGCGAUGGUGCAGCUCCCAUGAAGGCCGUCUCCAUGUACAUGCGUUCGAAGGCUGCUGAGGCCGACGGUGCUGUUACGAAGACCAUCACCAGCACCAAGGUUGCUACCAUCACCAAAUGCCAUCCCACCGUCACCAACUGCCCCGUGGGCAAGCCUACCCACGUCGUGACCAAGGUCACCGAGACCUGCCCUCGCCCAACGGAGGCGGUUGAGUGGCACAAAAAGAAGAUUAUCUGCUACGGCGGUCACUGCGCCCCCGAGAUUCCUUGCAAGGGCGAGAAUCAGCGCGUCAUCUGUGACGGUACCAAGUGUCACUCCGAAGCCUGCUACAGCGAGGACUGGAGUAGGCUUGUCAUUUGCAAGGGCGACGACUGCAAGUGGUCUACGUGUGAUGAUGAUCGCUGGUACGAGAAGAAGAUCGUGUGCUUCGACGGCAAGUGCGCAUGGGAGAACUGCCACGGCGACGAGUGCCACAAGAAGUUUGUCUGCCGGGGUGAUGAGUGCAAGCACGAGAGCUGCUCCGGUGAUGACUGCCACAAAAAGUUCAUCUGCGACCACAAGGGUGACAACUGCAAGCCUGCUCCCCCAUGCGACGGAAAGGACUGCCCCAAGCCGCCUCCUCCCUGCCACGACAAGUGUCCCAAGCCAUCUCCCACCUGCAAUGGUGAGGACUGCCCCAAGCUUCCCCCUCCUCCUCCCUGCCAUGGCGAUAACUGCAAGGUCGUUCCCUGCAAAGGCAACGACUGCGUGAAGCCUGUCCGUCCCACUGGUACUGGCACUGGCACCAUGUCACCUCAUCCAAUUCCCACCGGCCCUCCUAUUGUCGCUGGUGCUGGCAACAUAGUUGCCAACGUCAUCGGUGCGGCUGCCGGUCUCCUCUUUGUCUUGUAA